CCGCAUUUCGAACCCACUAAAUCAGGCUGGCAAUUCGAUCACAGAAGAGACGGCAGGAAUUACGGCUUGACGGAGGAGCAGUGCAAUGUCGCUUUCCCGGAGCUUUACAGGGAAAUUGCUCGCGCCGUGGAGCAUCGUAAGGAGAAAUGGGGUGAGAUAACACCAGAUGAAGUAGACGUGGCAUGGCGUGGAGAUGGGAUCGUUCGUGCGAUGAUUCAUGACAACCAGCUGUAUGUGAUUGAUCCUCAUGCUGUUACGGACCACAACCAUCGACCGAGAACUCUUGCGACACUACAUGCGAUACACAGAGCUGUGAGCGCCUCCUCGGGCAAGCUACCAGACAUUGAAUUUAGCUUCACAGUGCACGACUUUGCGCUGCACGACCGUUACGGAAAUCACACGACAUGGGCCUAUACGCGACUGCCCCACCAAGAGAAGCUGUGGUUGAUGCCAGAUUUCGGACUUUGGGGUUGGCCAGAUGUUGGUUUGCGAUCGUACGCAGAAUUCCAGACCGUGCUGGACUAUGAGGAAGACGAAUUCGUAGACAAGAUACCCAAGUUGGUCUGGCGUGGCUCGCUUGCUGUGGGUUCACACGAUGUUCGAGCUGGCUUGGUCAAGCACAGUGAGAAACAGCCGUGGGCUGACGUACUGGAGCUGGAUUGGUCCAAUAGGACAAACAUCGAAGAGCGUCUUCUCAGUAUGCAGGACCAUUGCGCUUACAUGUUUGUAGCGCAGACCGAGGGCAACACAUACAGUGGACGCCUCAAGUACCUACUCAACUGUCGCUCUGUCGUACUUUCGCAUGACCUAGACUGGAUAGAGCCUUACCACCAUUUGCUGAAAUCUUCUGGUCCGGAUCAGAACUUCAUACAUGUCAAACGGGAUUACAGCGACAUGCCGAAACAAAUGAACAAGCUCACGCAGCCCAAGCACUUUGCCGAGUCGGAAGCCAUCGCGGAUAAUGCUGUGGCCACAUUCCGCGAACGGUAUCUCACGCCAGCAGCCGAAGCAUGUUAUUGGCGAGCAUUGAUUCGUGGUUGGGGAUCCAUGCAGGCGUUCAAGCCUAAAUUUUGGAUCGAAGUCGAAGAGUACGAUAAAGUAACUAGGAAGAAUAAGCUCAAGCGCAGGCCUAGAGGGGCACCUUUCGAAUCUUAUGCAAUU